AUGCAAAAGCGGUCCUUCUCCGAUGUGAAAUCCGAAGAAGCGCAAUCUCAUAAGAAGCCGGGGUUAGCAAGUUCGAUGACAUAUGGACAACACGAUUUCAGUUGGACCAGUCCGUCUCUCCCUUCCACGGAAAAGAAGGACCUUUUACGUCGGAAGAGUCCACUCGAGUGUAAAGAGGGGAUGUUAAAGAGCAUGCUCAAGAGGGUCGAUACGCUCCAAAACUUACUCGACCAACUCAAAGCUGUUUCUCAACAGCAACAACUUCAAAUCAACACACUCAAAAAGUCUCUCAACAUUGAAUAG